AUGUUGACCCAAACUCUGGUACCAGCUCCAGCCACUUUGCGGAGCCGUCGCACGCAGUUGGCUUAUGACAAGGCCUCUAACCGUAUCGCCUACGGAAGUGGUAAGAAUGUUUAUAUUCGCAGCGUGGAAGACCCCACAAAAUGUGUUGUUUACGAGAAACACAUCAACCCUGUCACCGCGGUUGCGUUCUCUCCAACCGGAAGCUAUGUUGUUUCUGGCGACCAGAACGGUGAAGCACAUGUUUGGGGUUUGAAUGGCGAUGAGAUUGUCCACAAAACCACUGUUCAGGCUACUAACGGCCGUAUUAAUAGCGUGGCUUGGGAUUUCGAAACUAAACGUGUUUUCGCAGUUGGAAAUGGUACGCAACGGUUCGGGCAUGCUUUCAUGUUUGAUUCCGGAAAUUCUGUUGGCGAGAUCUCUGGCCACCCCUCCGAAGUCUAUGGUGUAGCCCUUCGUCCGAGCCGACCUCCUCGGGCCGUCACGGUUGGCGAGGAUGGCGCUUUGGUCUUCUACCACGGUGCGCCUUACAAGUUCGAAAAGACGGUCAAAAAGCACACUGGCUCCAUUUGGGAUGUAGCAUAUUCUCCCAGCGGUGAGAAGUUUGUAUCUGUUGGCAGCGAUCGCCAGGUGAUUAUUUACGAUGGAAAAACUGGCGAUUUCGAGACAUUGAUCGAUACCAAGCACUCCGGAUCAAUUUUUGCUGUUUCCUGGAAAGACGACAACACAAUUGUUACGGCUAGCGCGGAUGCAACUGUCAAGUUGACUGACAUCUCUACCAACAAGGUCUUGGAGUCUUGGGAUUUGCCCAAGGAACUGGCAAACUUCCAGGUUGGUGUGGUUGCCGCUGGGGAGAAAGUGAUUUCAUUGGGUUUCAAUGGUGAUUUGUAUUAUUGGAAGCAAGGUGAGACUAAGCCGACGCGUGUUUUGCAGGGCCAUCAGAAGGGCGUUUCAGCUCUCCUGGUUGCCGACAAUAUUUUCUCUUCGUCUUCAGAUGGCAAUGUUCUCAAGUGGACUGAUGGGUUGGCUAAACGAUUAGACGAAACUCACAACUGCCCGGUCGUUGGUCUGUUGAAUUACAAGGACGAACUUGUGUCGGCAGGUUGGGACAAAACUCUGGCGACUUUGGAGGGCAAAACCGCGGCUACGUUGAGUGCUCAGCCUAUCGCUUUGACUUCUGAUGGCUCCACAGUUUAUUCAGUUUCAGAGUCUGGGUUUGAGGUUGUUGGGGGCGAUGCAGUAGCUAUUGAUCGCUGUGCAACCCUCGAUGCCCAUGACGGCUUGGUUGCAGUUGGCCACGAGCUUACUGUUAGCCUGUAUCGGGAUAGCAAGCUUGAGUUCGACUUCCCUGCUGGCCGCAUGACAAUCUCAUGUGUAAAGUUUAGCCCCAAUGGUGAGUACCUUGCUGUUGGUGACACUUCUGGUAAGAUUGUUCUAUAUGACGCCAAGUCACAUCAGAUUGUUACUUCAAGAUGGACGUUCCAUUCUUCCAAGGUCACUUCGAUCGCAUGGCAUAAGGAUGGAGAGCGUGCUGUCACUGGUGCUCUCGAUAAUAACUUGUUUGUGUAUUCCGUCAAGAAAGGGAAAACCCACAAAAUCGAGGCUGCUCAUCGUGACGGUGUGACGCAAGUUUCUUGGCUCAACGAUGAUAUUGUCAGUGCUGGUAACGAUGGAAGCAUUAAGAUUUGGACCCUAUAG